AUGUCUAUCAGCAAUCCCCCACAACAGCCACAUGACAUAUUCUUCAUCAACGAGAUACUUGAAAACAUUCUUCUGCAUACAGAGAUGAGAACUCUGUUAACAUCUGCUCAACGCGUCUCUCGGCUUUGGAAUGCCAUGAUCAGAACAUCAGUCAGACUCCAAGAGUCCCUCUUUUUCAAACCUUCCAAAUUCGAGAUCUCGGAUCCCUCACAGCGCAUUCGCAAUCCACUGCUAGAAGAUAUCCUCUGGGCUCAAUUCUUCCUCAAACAAAGACAAACUUCAGAGUCGAAAAUUGCCGACAUAAGCAGAUUUCCGCUGCGGCAUCCGGAGCGUCGCAAGCUCAAUGUCUACCUACGAAAAGAUGCCAGCUGGAAACGUAUGCUGCUUCAACAACCACCGACAUCGUCCAUCGGAGUCCUUGAAAUCAUCAAAAGAUCAGACUCUGAAUUCACCAAAUUAUCUGUCGGUCCAAAUGACUUCCUACGAAUGGGCCACAUCAUAGCCCUCCUCGAGGGAGACAGCACGCUAGUUCCAACCCGCAAUAAAUGGAUACUUUGGAACAGGCGAUCCCGUAUCAGAACGCCCUUGAACUUCGAAUGCUGGACGCCCAAAUGGGUCUAUGAGCCAAGUACCUUGCAGCCUGUCCAGGAAUGGAUCCCGGAGAAUAUAGACUGGGAUAGUCUCCGGCUGGAGGUAGCAGCAAUGUAUUUGAAUGACUUCGAUUGUGGUGUGGUAAUUGUAUCUGAACGGAGACAGCUGCUUUACCAGGGCGAGGAUCAAGUUCAUAGGGCGAGCAAACUUGAUUUUCGGCUGGAGAAAGCGUUUGGGGAAUGUCAGGUGGAGGUUGGAAGGAAGUAUAUAAGUCACUCUUGGGUUCCUAUCAAAGGUGUUGGUAAUCGUGGAUGGAUUCUUAGACCCUGUUCUGCUACUCCUCUUGUUCCAACCCUGAGUGCUUCAUCUGAGGCUUCAGAUUCGCCUUUUAUUCCCUCGCUAUCUUUGUCUCUCUAG